GGGAGAUGGCCGCGCGGGUGCGGGGCGGGGAGCCGUCCCGCUGCCUGCUCCUCCUGGCCGCGGUGCUGGUGGCGGAGAGCGCGCAGGCCGGCAGCCCGCGGGCCAAACCCAACUCCAUCAAGUCCUCCCUGGGCGGGGAAGCGCCUGCCCAGGCCGCCAACCGCUCUGCGGGCGCGUACCAAGGACCGGCUUUCGGCGGCAGCAAGAAGGGCAAGCACCUGGGGCAGGCCUACCCUUGCAGCAGCGACAAGGAGUGUGAGGUCGGGAGAUACUGCCACAGUCCCCACCAAGGGGCGUCCGCCUGCAUGGUGUGCCGGAGGAAAAAGAAGCGCUGUCACCGAGAUGGCAUGUGCUGCCCCGGGACCCGCUGCAAUAACGGCCUCUGCAUCCCGGUCACAGAGAGCAUCUUGACCCCUCACAUCCCAGCCCUGGAAGGCACCCGGCACAGAGACCGCAACCACGGCCACUACUCAAACCACGACUUGGGGUGGCAGAACCUGGGAAGGCCACACGCCAAGAUGUCACACAUAAAAGGGCACGAAGGGGACCCCUGCCUGCGCUCGUCAGACUGCGUGGAGGGGUUUUGCUGCGCGCGCCACUUCUGGACCAAAAUCUGCAAGCCGGUGCUCCACCAGGGCGAAGUCUGCACCAAGCAGCGCAAGAAGGGCUCUCACGGGCUGGAAAUUUUCCAGCGAUGCGACUGUGCGAAGGGCCUGUCCUGCAAGGUCUGGAAGGACGCGACCUACUCCUCCAAGGCCAGACUCCACGUGUGCCAGAAAGUCUGACCACCGCCGAGGCGAGUCAGCACCAGCAGACUGUGAAUCUGUGUAUUUAAUGCAUUAGAGCAUGGUGGGAAGUGACGUUUGGAAUGCAAAAGCACGGCUAAAGUAAGAAAUGGGGUGAGAAUAUAGAUCACAGCAGGAGAAAAAGAAUGAGAGAACCGAAUAGAUGAGAAUGGGCGAAAAGGCAGCACAACCCGUGUGUUUCCAUUAUGCAACUGUUUUAUGUAAAUAAUGUACACAUUUGUGAAAACGCUAUUAUUAAAAAAAAAAAAAAGCACACAAUGGAAAUUACUGAUGAAUACCAUGUGACUAUCCAAGAGUUUAGGUUGUGCUAGAGGAGAGGUUUCCUUCAGAUUGGAAAUUGCCUAUAAAAGUAACCUAAAAGCCAUGUUUCUAUUCAAGGUUAUAAUUUAACAGAAUACUUUCAGUAUACUUGGGCAUACAGUAGGCUCCAAAAUGAAAAACGUUGUUAAACAGGAAAUAAAAACACGGAGCAUAAUUUGCAACACAGAAUCACCUCUUAAUUAGGAAUACUAAUUCUGCUCAAUUAAAGGCCUUGGUAAAUGAAAAAAAGUAGUCAGAAGUCAACAUGUUUCAAAUAAUGUCAAAAUAGUGGCAGGUGUUUUAUCAAGAACUUAAGGGGGGGGGAAAGAACUUAUUUUUCCACAAACUGCUAUUGACAUUUUUCAAAAGUUUAAUUUUGCCUGUAAUUAGUUAGAACUGGUAUGAGACAAAAACAGUCCCUUCAGAGUCUAAAUGAGUGACAUCACAUGUUUCUUUAACCUGUGUGAUUCCUGCCCUGAAUGCGUUUUAUUUUCCAUCAGUCGUGACUAGCACGAUACUUGCACAGCGCAGAACGUUCGCAGAUCACUAAAAAUUUAAAGAUGCUCAAUAGAUGUUGGAAACCGUCUAAUGGAGAGAUCAUUGGGGUUUUUUAUAGCUUUGCCAUGGCCUAUGUUUUCAUAGAUUAGACUAAUAAAUUUUGUUUUUUACAUGCUCAGCAGUAACAGAGACUUGAGCUAUAACAGCACUGCACUGAGGCCCAGCCCGAAAGUGGGGGAAACUCUGUCAGUUACCCAGGUUUUGGCAACACCCAGGUCGUAUGUCUGCGGCACAAGGUGACUUUUCAUCUUUAAAAUCAGAACUGGCAUGACAGAAAUGAAGUAUCUCCGUGGGCUUUGCUAUCAUAAUAUUUACUACACAGAUGAAUUCAGCGUGAGGUCACUUGCCCUUACUGUCCUCAAAAUAUUUAUUUUAUAUUUUUGAGGUCCUAAAAUAACCUUAAUAUAAGGAGCUGUCACGAAAUGGACUCCCCGGGUAGACAGUGCAGUGAGGUUCCUUUGCCUGCCACAAGCUUCUCACUAACCAACGGCACCAUCUGAUUUUUUUUUUUGCCCCCAACUCUCCCUGCGACAGCUGUUUUAUUGCCAAAGAUACAGUUUCUGUUUUCUGAAGCCACUGAGGUUAAGAAAUAUAAAUAGAAUAACUUGUAAAAUCUACAUAUUGCUAAUCUUUAGAAACCCAAGUUUCUAAAUUCUUUGAAAGAACUUUACUAGUUUUUUUUUUUACUUAACUCAGUUCUAAAUAUUGUGUCUAGAGCAUAAAAGAAAAAGUUGUCUUAUAGUUGUUACUUUAAACUUUCACAGGCUGCAAGUCACUCCUCAAUUUUCUUUUAUUUAAACUCCAUCUGCAGUCUCCAAUUUAAGUUGUCUAGGAGAAAUUGAAUUUCAGCCUGUGUCUCUAUUAAGAAUUUUAGCUUCCCACGCACAUUUACUAGGAUGGUUAAGAUUUAUGUUUUCCGCACGUCUGCAAAAGCAAAAAUUAUAAGCUGAAUUAUCCAAGAACUGAAGUUUGUACAAGCAGAUCGCUGUAAGCUUGAUGACGUGAGAAUGGGACAUUUCAGUCAAAUGCCUCCUAUACAGCAACUACAUUUAUGAUCUGGUUUCUGCAUUAUUUCCCUUAUGUUCGCCCUUUCAAAAAUUAUUAUUUGAAGUAAUUUAUUUACAGGAAAUGUUAAUGAGAUGUAUUUUCUUAUAGAGAUAUUUCUUACAGAAAGCUUUGUAGCAGAAUAUAUUUGCAGCUAUUGACUUUGUAAUUUAGGGAAAAUGUAUAAUAAGAUAAAAUAUAUUAAAUGUUUUUCUUCCAAAA